GGGAAAAAAGAAAAAAGUUAAUAGAAUAAUGAUUUGCAUAAACAUGCAGAGGCGAUAGAUCUAUUAAAUAUGCAUGCUCCUACUGUCUCGCGUACAUGUGAAUCUCUAAUCAAUUCUCUCAUUCUGAUCUUGAAUAUUUGCCGCAAUUCCUUGAUAUGAGCACCGGCAGUUCGAUGAUUCCGAGCAAUGUAGGGAAGACGAUCCAUGAUAUAAAGGAGAUCGCUGGUGGAAAACACAGCGAUGAUGACAUUUAUACUAUGCUCAAAGAAUGCAAUAUGGAUCCUAAUGAGACCGCUCAGAAGCUUUUGUAUCUUGAUACUUUUCAUGAGGUCAAAAGGAAACGAGACAGAAAGAAAGCAAAAGCCAGCAGCCAAACUUCUGAGAAUUACAGGUGGAUAUCAGGCAUGCAGCAGAGAGGGGCUAGGAGUGGUCGUGAGAAAAUUUCUGCAAAUUACAUCACUAAUGAUGCCAGUGGCAGAGGAUACGUUAAGAAAGAAAGUAGAGUCAAUAGGUCGAAGGAUAGAAGUUCUAAGACCUCCAUGCCGGUUGCACAUAAAACAGAAGAUACUAAUACACAUCCUAGCAAGAAAUCUGCCAUUAAGGUAUCUGCAGAUGAUCCUAGUUACAGUAGAGUUACUUCCUUUGUUAAUGUAAACAAGUUGGCAAAAGUUUCAACUCUACCUCCUAAUUUAAUAAACCAUCAUCCAAACUUGGAUCCUGGCCCCACUCCUGCCCCCACCCCCACCUUUGCACCUGGAACCAGAUUUCAAAAUAAAACUGUCAUAUCAAGACCUAAUGAGCUUGUGACAAGCACAACUUCAGCAUUGGUAUCUGAUGUCUACACCUCUGCAUCAGAUCCUGUUCUAGUUCCAGCCUUGAAUACCCAAAAUCCAGGAACAGUUGGUACAAUAAAACGUGAGAUAGGUAGCCAGCGUACUGCUACCGAGUCCAUUGUGUCUCCUGUGAAUGAGGGAAGAUUAGACGCUUGUCAAAGUGCUCCCCAGAAUGCUCAUGCCGUCAUUGGAACUGUCAACUACAUAAACACCACUGAACCAAAAGAACCCCAGGGAGUUUCAGUCACAGCUACACAAUCAGUUGUUACAAUUAAUCGUGAAAGUCAGCAUUCCAAACAAAAUAAAGGUCAUUCAGAAGUAUUGCCAUCUCAGGCUGCAGCUGUUGCACAGGGAGCCCAUUUAUCUUCACUUUAUAAGCUAAAUUCUGCCAUGGAAAAAGCAGUUCCACAGCUUGACAUGAAAUUGGAGAAGUUAAAUAUCUCUUCCCGUUGUCAGCCUGUUAUUUUUCCGAAUCAUCUUCAAGUACCUGAAUCUUUUAGGAGUGGAUUGACUUUUGGUAGUUUGGAUCCACAAUUUGAUCCAAGCAUAAGCUGCGGCAAAGACUCGAUGCCUGUGGAGACUGUUCCAGCUAAUGAUAGAACUUCCAUGGAAACCGGGAGAACUUAUUGCAGCUACCAGGAUGCAUCUUCAGCAGCUCAGGGAGGUGAUUAUCCUGACAAUCCGCUUUCACACAAGCAUGGAUUUGAAAAUAUAUCACCUUUUGAGGUAUCUGGUGCCUCUCCUGUGUAUGAUCAGUCAAGGCCGGAAGUACCUGCAGGCUCACUAUUGCCACUUCUGCAGACGCCCAGUGAUUAUAGCUUGGGUUUUGUACCACCCAUGCUAGGGCCCCAACUUGUACGUAUUGAGGGACCAGAACAGCAAGUAUGUCAUUGUGGCCCUAAAACAUCUCUACUCUCCAUAUUUCAUUCUAAAGUAUUCUUUUGCCCUUGCUUCUGUCUGUGCUGUCAAAUUGAAUACUUAGUCAAUUGCCCGUUACAUAAGACAAUGGUAACUCUAUAAAUAAUUUGAAUGAGUAGAUCUUGCUGUGUGGGCAAUUGAAGGACUUGUAUACGGUUAAAACCGAUCCUCGGUCGUGAAGAUCGAUCGAGGACGGCGUUUUCAAUCGAGGGGUACCUUCACGGAGACCCCGAGCGAAUUCCGAGAUGGGGGCGUCGAGCCCGGGCGUUCGAAUCGACCGAGGUAACAUCGGUCGAUACAGGUCCCGAACAUCGAUGCCCAAAAGUGAUCACCUAGCUCGAAAUCAAGGCCGAGGUUCCGAUCCUGUACCGAGCUCGAGUCGGUAUCGAGCUCACAGACAAAAGUUGUUACAACCGCACCAAAGAAGAGAAUCUCUGCGGGAAUUAAGGAGGAGACAUACCAUCAUGGGUCCUC